UCAGCGCCCUUCUGUUGCAUGCGGCGCGGUUCCUGGAGUUGAGAACAGCCAUGUCUCAACCGGUCUGGCGUCGACGGACCCUGGAGCGGUGUCUGAGGGAGAUCGGUAAAGCCACCAGCCGGCCCGAGUGCUUCCUCACGAUUCAAGAUGGAUUAGCAUCAAACUUCACUUCUUUAACAAAAGUUCUUUAUGACUUCAAUAAAAUACUAGAGAACGGUGGACUCUCUGGGAGUCCUUUACAAAAACUUGUGAUAAACAAUUUUGAUGAUGAGCAGAUAUGGCAACAACUGGAACUGCAAAAUGAACCAGCUUUACGAUAUUUCCAGAAUGCAGUGAGUGAAACAAUUAAAGAUGAAGACAUCAGUCUUCUCCCAGAAAAUGAAGAACCGGAGUGUGAAGGUGAUGGCUCUGAGGCUGAUGAACAGGAGGACCUUGAGCAGGAUUUGGAGGAGGAGGAACUGUCAGGUAUGGGUGGUGAUCCUAAAGAGGAUGAGAGAGCAAAAGUCUCAAGCAACGUUGGUCAGAGGAAAAGCCCAGUUUUCAGUGAUGAGGACUCUGACCUUGACUUUGACAUCAGCAAAUUGGAACAGCAGCAGAAGAUGCAAAAUAAAUUGCCUGGGAAACCAAGAGAAAAGUCAAUAGUAGAUGAUAAAUUCUUCAAACUAUCUGAAAUGGAGACCUUUUUAGAAAAAGUAGAAAAAGAAGAGGAACAAAAGGAUGAUGAUGCAGAGGAGGAAGAUAUUGAUUUGUUUGAAGACAUUGAUUCUGAUGAAGAUGAGGGAGGAUUGUUUGGAAAUCAAAAACGUAAGUCAGGCAAAAGUUCCAGAAACCUGAAAUACAAAGAUUUCUUUGAUCCAGUUGAAAGUGAUGAAGACAUAGCAAGUAUUGACAGUGAGCUGGGUUCAAACGAAGAGGAAGAAGUAGCUGAAGAAGCAGAAGAAAGCAUUUCUGAAAUGGAUGAAGAUGAUGACCUUGAAGAAAGUGAAGAUGGUAAGCAACAUAAAGAAGGCUUGAAAAGAGUGACCUUUGCUUUGCCAGAUGAUGAGGAAACAGAAGAUAGAGAUGUGUUAAAUGUAAAGAAAGAUUCUGAUGAAGUUAAAUCUUCUUUUGAAAAAAGACAGGAGAAGAUGAAUGAAAAAAUUGCAUCUUUAGAAAAAGAGUUGAUGGAAAAAAAGCCUUGGCAGCUUCAAGGGGAAGUGACAGCACAGAAGCGGCCAGAAAACAGCCUCCUAGAGGAGACCCUGCACUUCGACCAUGCUGUGCGGAUGGCACCUGUGAUCACAGAGGAAACCACCCUCCAACUAGAAGAUAUCAUUAAGCAGAGGAUACAAGAUCAGGCUUGGGAUGAUGUAGUUCGUAAAGAAAAACCUAAAGAGGAUGCGUUUGAAUAUAAAAAACGUUUAACGUUAGACCAUGAGAAGAGUAAAUUGAGCCUUGCUGAAAUUUAUGAACAAGAAUACAUCAAACUCAACCAGCAAAAAACAGCAGAAGAAGAAAAUCCAGAGCAUGUAGAAAUUCAAAAGAUGAUGGAUUCUCUCUUCUUAAAAUUGGAUGCCCUGUCAAACUUCCACUUCAUCCCUAAACCGCCUGUACCAGAGAUUAAAGUUGUGUCCAAUCUGCCAGCCAUAAUCAUGGAGGAGGUGGCCCCAGUGAGUGUCAGCGAUGCGGCUCUCCUGGCUCCAGAGGAAAUCAAGGAGAAAAAUAAAGCUGGAGAUCUAAAAACAGCUGCUGAGAAAACAGCUACAGACAAGAAACGAGAACGGAGGAAAAAGAAAUAUCAAAAGCAUUUGAAAAUAAAGGAGAAGGAGAAGAGGAGAAAAUCGCUUGAAAAGAACAACCCAGAUAAAGCAGGGAAAUACACGAAAGCAGUGGCUUCAGAGAAACUGAAACAGCUGACCAAAACUGGCAAAGUGUCCUUAUUAAAGGAUGAAAGAAAAGACAAGGCCUUAAAGUCAUCUCAAGCAUUCUUUGCUAAAUUACAAGAUCAGGUAAAAAUGCAAAUCAAUAAUGCAAAAAAAGAAAAGAAAAGGAAGCAGCAGGAUAUUUCUGUUCAUAAAUUAAAGCUGUAAUAUAUUGUGAAUAUAAUGUAUAUAUUAAUGUGUAAGCUUUAGUCUGUCAUUAUUCUGUUUUAUAAUAAAAUUCUUGAGAUCCUUCUU